GACGACGUGCGUCCACCGCGCACUAGCCCAGUGAUCGCCUGAAGAGUAGAGCGUCGAUAUUAUUCUUUCUCGUGAGUGAUUCUCUAUUUAACAUCGUCUAGUCAUCAUGGGCACCCUUUUAGGCCACCUGCUUCCCGGCACUUUUUUCAUCUUGUUCGCUGUUUGGUGGCUGAUUUCUAUAACGCGAAGGUAUUACCGAUCUCGCAUUUCACGACAUGGAGAGGAAUACAGAAGCAGUACCAUGCAUCUCAGUUCUUGUCUUCCGAGAGUCCCCAUCGAAGGCAUCUUAAAAAUUGUGGCUACCUCAAUAGGAAUAGCAGGGGAAACGGCGACUGGAUUUGAGAAUGGCCAUUGGGCACACUGGGGCAACGCUCAACAUAUUUCCAUGUUUCUUUUCUUUGGCUUUACGGGUGUCGUGGAUGUCCUCUAUUUUUACAAAGUCGAUCUGCCACCGGGUCUCGACUACGCUGCAGCUUUCCUUGCGUUUAGUAUCGAAGGGUUCUUAUUUGGGAACCACCUUCACGGCAGGUCUCACAUGGACGUGAUGGUUCAUAUGUAUUUGUUCUAUGUCAUCACCGCGUGCGUGGUGUGCGUGGCUCUUGAAGCUCGUUACCGGGAAAACGUAACAGUCGCCCUUGCUAGAACAUACUUCACAUUUUUACAAGGGACGUGGUUCUAUCAGAUCGGGUUCAUCUUGUAUCCCCCAGGUAGUAUGGCUCAAUGGGAUAUGGAAGAUCACGAGCAAAUGAUGAUUGUAACCAUGCUUUUCAGCUGGCAUUGCGCAAUUGUGGCAUUCACUAUGUUCGUGAUGGUCCUUGUGGUUGGAAAAAUGGUCAAGAGGGGCACCAUCGCAGACGACUUCAACCGUACCGAUAUCCAAUAUCAAAAGGUUAGUAUAAAUGGCUUGAAAGGCGGCCAAAGUUCCCGACCAAUUAUUUCAAACGGUUCUACUUUGAGACAAACAUUUGACGAAACAAGCGAAGAUGAGGUUUAAUCAACAGUGGCAUAUGGGUCAUCGUCAACAUUGUGAACCCCAAGCAGCAAUACCUAUUCUUUUCUUUUUAUACCCUCUCGAUUCGUCCUACUGCUGCAAUCAAUAAUUUUAUAUAAUAAACUGUUUUGGUUUAUCGUCAA